UUCCUGUCAAACCAUACAUAUUUCUUUGCAGUACAUUUCUUGUGUUAGUGAAGAUGCCCCCAAAGUCAAGGUAUGUAAUAGUGCAGUUGGCCAGUGUUAUAUCGGGUUCUACGCGUAUAUGGAUACGUGAACGUACAGCGGAUAAGUUUCGUGGAAUAUUUUAUGAUCCUGCAAUUGGACGCGAAGUACUGUUUGAAGAAAAGCAAAAAGUGAAAGGGAAAGCAACACUGCCAGAAAAUGUAAAACGGCGUUUUAACCUGAUUUGAACGAAAUCUAUUAAAAUUAAAAAUAAAGUUUUUUUUUUACAGUAAACGGCCUAAUUCAAUGCUGUGACGUUUAAUCAUGUGGAAUUCAGAAUGUAAUCAUGC